AUGCAAAAACUGACGGCGUUCAGUUUGAAGCAGGAGCCGGCAGCUCACGGGCCUGACUGCAUCCUCAGACACCUCCCCUCCACAGACCCGCCCAUUAAGAAGAUGACGGCCAAGUGCUGCUGUUUGGGUGUUCCUUCAGAGAAUUUCAGCAAGGAAUCUAAGACGUACAAGGCAACUUGGAAGUGCCAAGAUUGUAAACUUGCUGAUAGUCGAGUGACCACUCCUUCACCAGCAACAACAGACACAUCUCCCAGUAAUAUUGGCGAGGAUUUGAAAACUUACUUAGAAAAAUUGCUUGAAGAACACCUAUCAAAAUUCUCUAGAGAUAUCAAACGCGAUUUUGCGGCUGAAAGUGUGGACACAAGGAGCAAACUACAGGAACUUACGGAGAGCAUUGUCUAUAUGUCAUCUAGGUACGAGGAAGUUAAAGCUGACCUUGAGUCUAAGGAGAACAGGAUAAGGACAUUAGAGACUGAAAACGCUGGGUUAAAAUCACAAGUUGUAGAUUUGAACACCAGGCUGAAUAAUCUUGAGCAACAGUCACGCGACUGCAAUAUUGAAAUCCAGUGCGUGCCUGAACACAAAUCUGAGAAUCUGAGCACUAUUGUAAAGCAACUCAGCGCCACUGUGGGACUAGGUCUUCGAGAGCACGAAGUACUCAACUAUCACCGAGUCGCAAAGGUCAACCAGGAUUCAUCCCGUCCUCGUUCUAUAGUCGUAAAAUUAUCCAGCCCACUGGUCCGUGACAAUCUAAUUGCAGCAGUCAAGACCUUCAAUAGGGUCCACCAACACGAUAAGCUGAAUUCUUCUCAUUUCGGGUUAGCAGGCGAAAGGACACCAGUGUACAUCUGCGAACAUCUAUCUCCCAGCAAUAAGCAACUCCACGCAGCAGCACGGAAAUUCGCAAAGGAGAAGAAAUACCAGUUCGUGUGGGUCAGAAACGGCAAGGUGCAUUUGAGAAAAGACCCAACCUCAAAGAGUUUUGUAGUUAGAGAUAUAGAUUUCUUGAGUACCCUGUAA